CCAAAUCAGUUUAUGCUCGGCAGCGAUCGCAGCUGGAUGCGUUUUUUGGGAUUGGGGUUUUUUUCUCUCUCCGUGCGUGUCGUCGCGUGAAUGUUUUUCUCCGUGCGUGAUUGAGAGCUCGCGAAAAUCGUGGAAGAUUUUUUUUCUCCUCUCUGUUCGUAAUCGAAUUAUGCCGAGGGGGUUGUGAUGCGAUUGUGGUUUGGGAAAUAAAGGUGCGCUCUGUGAGUUUAAAGUUUUUGUUCGGAAAAGGGGACGGCGAGCAAAAGUGAUUAUUAUUUUCGAUUAUACUGAAGUUGGCAGUGAACCGCGCCAGGAUUAAAAAUCGAAAGGAAGAGAGAUUAAUGCAUGCUGUGAGGUUGAUCCGGCAAAAAAGAGGGAAGAAUUGCUGGCAAUAAAUCAGGAUCAGCGGAGGCAAAUCAACGGAACGGCUGGAGGACGACGACUUGAGUUUGAAGUGAUUACUGGAUUAACGGUGAUUUGUUUUGGUUUCAACGAAUAAUGUAGUUUUGAAAUGUUUGAAAAAUGUUCAAACAAAAAAGGUGAGAAAAAUAUCUCAAAAGAUUAAGAAAAGCAAAACAACAAAGUUAAAAGGAGAAGACAAAACAAAAAUGUUACAUUAUAUUCAAUACAAAAUUUGAAGAUGGAAAAACAGAAAAGAAACAAAGUGUUCUAACGGAAAGGAAGUUGCACCGAAAUUAAGACGCAAUAAAAAAGGAAAAUAAAAAGUAGCAGCAGCUGCGAUGUAAUUCGAUAAUUGCUGAUCGGAUUAAAGGGGAACCCCCUCUCUGGUGAAUGAGUAAGAGAGUGAGAAGAAAAUAUCAAAACGAUAAGGAUAAAGGAAAGCAUGAAUGAGUGAAAGGGAGUGAUGAUCGCCACCGCCGCAAGGGGAAAGUGAUUGAAUAUGAAAUGUUACACCAGCACUGCUGAAAAGGAAGCAGCAGCAGCAUAAUACCGGUGCUGGACGAUUUAUGUGGGAGAAUUUAGAACAAGUGAUUUGUUUGGGUGGAAUAGUGUAGGCGUGUAUUGUUGUCAUUAUUGUGCGCCCCAGGAGCAGGGAGUUGGGGACCGCAGGCCGAUUUAUGUUUUACAAGAUCCUCACCACACGCCAAUCAAAAGAAGCACCUGCUCCAUGAUCACCCCCCAGGACCAUCUCCCACUGUUUGCAAAUAAUUCCAAUGCAAUCCAUUACCGGAGCUCGAAUUCCACCUGCAAUCGAGAGCACCGCCAUUUCCGGAAUAAUAACCCCGCUCAAAUGACCCCCGUUCAGCGCGGAAAAUUGGUCGAUUAAUUAAAUACCACCACCACCACCUCCACGGAAUCCUCGUUCAAACCAACCGAUCCGGGGAAGAAAAAAAGGAGCAAAAGUGCUGCCAAUUUUCCAACAAUCAGCGCUCGAAAUUUCCACCUGUUUGAGCAGGGAAACGAAACAAAACACAACAGAGCAAUCACUCAGUGGUCACCCCACACACACACACAAGUGAGCAAUCCCACAGUCAGGUUUCAAGUUUCCCGAGGGAAAAAAAAACAACAACAACAAACUGCGCAACGAGAGCAAUUCCGGUUGUGCAUUUUGCAUUCCAGUGAUAUUGGGAGGUGGUGAGGUGCGAUCGAGUUGAUUGACUGCCACAGAGUGGCAGUGAUUGGAUUUCAUUAGACCACGUGUGGGCGCACGUGGUGGUAGCGAGAGGACACUUGGAGUUGGUUAGAAGCUCAACCCAACAAUGGUCCUAAGGAAGCACUCCAUCUCCAUCGGUCGUAAAAUGGCCAGCACGUGGCUGCUGUUGCUGCUCACCCUGGCCAUCGCAGUCCGGAUUGGCUCCGGCCAGAGUUCCCUGCUGAAGCGAUGCCCGGCGGACUGCACCUGUGAUCUAGAUCAAAGGGGACUCUACCAGACGACCUGCACAAAAGUGGACUGGCGAACCAUCCCGGUGCACGACUUCGAGAAGGAGGUCGAGGUGAUCGUCAUCAAGGGGUCGAAAAAUUCGCUCAACAUUGGGCCCAUCUUCCAGACGUUUUCCAAGCUGGAAAUGCUUCGCAUCACGAACGCCAACGUGCCGGCCAUCGGCAUGAACUCGUUCUGGGGACUGGUCCGGUUGCGCACGCUGGACCUCUCGCGGAACAACAUCACCCAGAUCAUCGUGGACAACUUCCGCGGCCAGGACAACCUGCUGGAGCUGGAUCUGUCGAAAAACCGGAUGGAGCGCAUUGCCAGUGGGACUUUUGGCCAUCUUAAGAGUCUCAAAUCGCUGAACCUGGCGGACAACUCCAUCGAUGAGCUGAACGCGAGACUGUUUCUGCACCUGGCCAAGCUCAAGUAUCUGGACCUGAGUCGGAAUCCCAUCGAUGAUCUGCCACCGGAGGUGUUCAAGGACGUUCAGGAGUUGAAAGUGCUAAAAGUCCGAGGGUGUCAUCUGUUGAAUGUGAAUCCGCAGGUGUACAACAUGCUGACACAUCUGAACGAGCUGGAUCUGGGCCAGAAUCAGUUCACCUACUUGGUGCGGUCGGAAUUCAAGGACCUGAAACGGCUUCGGGUACUCCGUCUCGACGGCAAUCAGCUGUCCGCCGCCGUCGACCGGCUGUUUGAGUACCAGAAGGGGCUCAACGUGCUUGAUCUUUCCUCGAAUCGGCUGGCGAAAAUCUCGGAGAAGGCUUUCGAGAAUUUAUCGAAUCUCACAUAUCUGGACGUAUCGUACAAUAAAUUGUCCCGCGUCGAGCCGGAAAGCCUGGAACCGCUGACGAGGCUGCAAACGUUCAACCUGAGCGGAAACCUGCAGCUGGAUCUGAUGGAGGUGGAACCAACGUUCCAGAUAAUCCCCAACAUUAGCACGCUGGCCGUGGCCGACAUGGGGCCGCUGCCGAUGAAGCUGUUCGCACCGUUCCGGCAGCUGCGGGCGCUCAACCUGUCCGGGAAUCACAUCGACAACAACACGCUGCAAAUCAUCCUGCCGUUAACGCAGCUGCAGCUCCUGGACCUGUCCCGCAACCAGCUGUCCGGGGUGGAAGAACGGUUCGCGACCCAGCUGUCCCAGAUCGCCGACCUUCGGAUUGAGAACAAUCCACUGAUAUGUGACCGAUGUCACAUGGGUGCCCUUAUCGACAUGGCCGAAAAGCUGCCCUGGGGUGAAAAGGCGGAGUGCUUCUUGCCGGAGAAUCUCCGGGGACUCACCAUCAGCCAGCUGGUGGACGACGCCCGGGUCGAGAGCUGCAUGGAGGUCAUCGUGGACGAGGACCACGACGCGGCCAGCACGUCGCACAACUUUCUUGAGCAAGCUGGUAGUGCCAGUGUGCUUGCUUUCUGUGGCCUGAUACUGUUCGUGAUACUGGCCAUAAUCGUGGUGUCCACGGCGAUCUGCUUCUCGAGGCACCGGGCGCGGUAUUACACACACGAGGACAAGCGAGAAGCCACCCUGGAGAAGAACGGCACCGAGACGUCCCUGCUGACCGCCACCGGCAGUGAAAUCAACUUCAAGUUCCCGUACAACGACCGGGUUUGCACCAUCGACGAGAUGUGCAUCCCCGCCCCACCCCCUCCGCCCUCGUCCGGGGCCAGCAAAGUCCUCGCCAGCAACGUCAUCGAACGGUUCGAUUAACGAACGGAGGACGGUGAUGGCGGUGGUGGGGGCUCGUCCAUAACCGGCACCACGGUGGCCAUCAUCAGCGGGGAUGAUUCGUCCUCCUCCGUCACGGCCUCGGCCAUCACCACCGGCAGCAGCAUGGGCAGCAGUAGCGGGACGACGGGGGCGGCAGUUCCGUUGAAGGGGAUUUUAAGGAAAAAGCAGGACGUAUUCUAGGGAUGCACCACGGAAUGUGGAACAAGAGAAGCUUUCGACAUGGUCGAUAAGCGAGAAACAAAAAGCCAGUGCGUGUAAAUAUUAGUGAUUUAGGUUAAGCGACGAACGUUUGUAUUUAUAUGUGUAAGUGAAGGAUACUUAACUCGUAAGUGUGUGAGUGUGCGUGAGGAUGGAGGAAAAGCAGCGAAAAAGUUUCACAUAAUCUUGACUAAUUGUAAUUAAGGAUUAAUUGUUUGUUUAGCCCGAUGAACUGACACAAUGAACGUCACAGUGGGUUGAGUAUUGAAUUAAUGCUAAAUAUAUUAGUUUUCUUUGAUAUCAUUUUUUGUGAUUUUUACUUGGACUCCAAGAUAAGUUUGACUGAAAAGCGUUUAAAUUACAAUUUUAAAAUUACCCGAAAAAAUUAACUUAAUCUCAAGAAAAUUUUAUUACUAAUUUUCCUCUUCCCUUUCUUCUUCUCUAAAAAUCUCGCUUAAAAUUAUAUUUUAAAAUGAUUUUUUUUUUUGAAAAUAAUCUUCAACAGCUAAUUGUCAUACAUACCAAAACUUUCCCCUAUUCAAUCCCACUGUGCACCGUUGAUGGCGGAUCAUUAGCCUGGAAAUACUCCAGUCUAGACGACGGGCUAGCGACAAACGAUUUCUUAAACGAGCGCCAAUUUGUAAAUAAACUUGUACACACAGACAAACAGACACAAAAACAACACUCUAAUCGGUGAAACACGAAAACAAAAACAAAAAAAAUACUCAUGUUGAACCCAAUCUCCGAGUGUCAUCACAACCAUAAAAACGAACAAAACAUGAAGGUUUUUAGCAAACAAUCUCCUUUAAAAGAAAAAAAUCUAUAUCCCCGGAGUCGGAUUAGUGUUUUUAGUCGGUAGCGAAAAAAGAAAAAAAAAAUAAAACAAUGUUUAUCAUAAUAAGUGACGAGAAUAUCGUGAGUGAGGUGGAAAAAAGCGAGCGGCACAAGAUUAAUGAAGUUUCGCAGUGGAGGUAUAUCAAGUCGGUAAGAGAAAGAGAGAGUGAGAGUGGAAGCAAAGCUGAAUUUUAUAUCUAUUAGUAUGAGUGAGGAGUGGAAAAUAGAGGAAAAAAAUCAGAGAGAAAUAAUUAGUUUUAACUACGAGCUAUUAAGCGUGUGACGAGAUGUUUGAAACAAAAUUACUCGUUCAAAUGGAAAACUUUUGAUGGUAAUGAAUAAAAAGAUUUUUUGUACAAAAA